ACCUCCUUCUGUAUUGGAAGUUGUCACUGUUGUGGGCAAAGCGGUUUGCGCAGGCGCGGCAUUGACAGCCGCUCUCUACUUGAUCCGCAGAUUGUGUUUAAUGAUGGCCUGGAAAUCAGGAGGAGCCAGCCACGCCGAGCUCGUCAACAACCUCCGCAAAAAUGGGAUCAUCAAAUCAGACAAGGUCUACGAGGUCAUGUUGGCCACUGACCGAGCCCACUUCUCCAGAUGCAACCCUUACAUGGACUCUCCUCAGUCAAUAGGUUACCAGGCAACUAUUAGUGCUCCUCAUAUGCACGCCUAUGCCCUGGAGUUACUGCAAGAACAGCUACAUGAAGGGGCAAAGGCUCUGGACGUGGGGUCAGGCAGCGGUAUUCUAUCCGUGUGCUUUGCAAGAAUGGUGGGUCCCAAGGGGAAAGUAAUAGGAAUUGAUCACAUUCAGGAACUGGUAGACGACUCUGUAAACAAUGUGAAAAAACAUGACGCCAGCUUCAUCACUUCAGGCAGAAUAAAGCUGAUCGUGGGGGACGGGCGGUUGGGCCAUGAAGCGGAGGCACCCUACGAUGCCAUCCAUGUUGGAGCUGCAGCGCCUACCGUGCCCCAAGCACUCCUGGACCAGCUGAAGCCUGGCGGGAGGUUGAUUCUGCCUGUGGGCCCGGCCGGAGGGAACCAGACGCUGGAGCAGUUCGACAAGAUGGAGGACGGGAGCACCAAAACGAAAUCCCUGAUGGGGGUGAUUUACGUGCCUUUAACAGACAAAGACAAGCAGUGGUCCAGGUGGAAGUGACUUCCUACUCGCUCUCUCCCCCCUCCUUCCUAGGGUGGCAAAGGGAUGAACUGUGAAGUCGGAGAGCAUCAGUAUCCUGCAUUUCUGUCUGAACCCAGAAUGGGCUUCUCAAGGUUCAGCAGCCAUUGGAUUUCAACAAAAACAUCAAUAACCAACACAUGGGAACUGUUUUUCUUUUCUUGGGGCUGAAUUGAUGGAUGGGCUGGGAAGGAUUUUCAUGCUUAGUUAUAAGUAUAAUGCUGAGGGACAACCCAGAGUGCAAGAAAAUGGAUUGGUAGAUAUUAACAGAAAGUUAGGACGUUGAGUUUGUUGUGAUGCCUGCAUUUCUGUUGUUGUGAAUUUUUUUUUCUUCCUAUAUUUGAAUUGGAUGCAGGGUUUCUGUGGUUAGAUGAAUACAUAAGUCAGAACCACAUUCUUCAUACACAGUUGCAUAAAGCUAAAGACAAGAGACCGGUUUUCCUAUUGCCAGGUUGUUUUGGUGUGUUAAGCCUUUCAAAUACUUAAUAGGUGUCCACAUAGCCAGAGUUUGCAUCCAAAAAAUGUAGAUAUCUGUAUUGAUCUGCGCUAAUAUUUAAACGUUUCAGCUUUUUUUUUUUCGGCUAACGAUAUUUAAAUAGAACGGCACAAAUGCUGCCUUUUGUCCAACAUCGUAUCUAAUUGCUUGAAAUGCAGCACAUGACGACCCAGUGUUUGCAGUGGCAUUGUAGAUAUCUCUCACUCGUACUGUUGACAAUGCAGGCAGGCUCCACCCACCCUUGCGAGGGCGAAUCACACGCAUGCCCCACUCGGCUGCGCUUUCUCUGAUGUAUUGACUUGGCCGCCGUGUCUGGUUUCCAUCACCGCAUUCUGUGCAGGCUUCUCACUAGCGAGUGACACUAAAGUGAAGAGCAGCUUUGCAAAAAAAAAAAAGAUAAUAAACCUCAGUGCAAAGCAUAUGUGUUAUGUUUUUCUUUUUUGUUCCUUGGUCUUUCUUUGUGAGUUGUAGAGCACAUUACUGUAGAAGAUGUGUCGCUUCAGAGGAGUCCACUGUUUAUGGAGUUGCAAAUUGCUUUAAAUUAAUCGUAUUUUAUUUUUUUAUUUUUCCUUCAGUGUGUUAUGGAGUAUUGGUGCUGUAAGCCCUUUAAUUUACUAAUUAUUUCAGUUAAUUUCAAACACAAGCAGGUUGCUGUUUAGACUUUUUUUGCUUGUACAUAUAAUUUGUGUAAAUAAAGGUUAUGUUCCAAAGGAGUUUUGAGCACA